AUGGAACCCGGUGUUAAACUUUCAAGAUAUGAUGGAGGAGAAAAGGUAGAUCCGAGUGUUUAUCGGAGUCUAGUUGGAAGUCUGAGGUACUUGACGUGUACGAGGCCGGAUCUGUGUCUGAGUGUUGGAAUAAUAAGCCGAUUUAUGGAAGAGCCGAAGUAUACUCAUUGGAAGGCGGCAAAGAGAAUUCUAAGAUAUGUUCAAGGAACAAUCUCUCAAGGACUUCUUUAUUCGAAGUCGGACAAUUACAAGCUGGUGGGAUAUUCAGACAACGACUGGUGUGGAGAUGUUGAUGACAGGAAUAGCACAGCUGGCUAUGUGUUUUUCAUGGGAAACACGGCCUUCACGUGGGUAUCGAAGAAGGAACCCAUUGUGACUUUAUCUACAUGCGAAGCCGAGUACGUUGCUGCUUCCUGGUGCGUGUGCCAUGCAAUUUGGUUGAGAAAUUUAUUGAGCAAGUUGGAGCAAGAGCAAGUCAGUUCAACUGAGAUCCGGGUUGACAACAAAUCAGCGAUCGAGUUAGCAAAGAACCCGGUCAAUCAUGAGAGAAGAGCAUCAGCACAAGAAGCAGCAAGAAAAAUGACUACUGCAAUUUUAUAUUGUCAAAGACUGGAACUUGCAGAUAAAAAUGCAAGAGAGCAUGGAGAGGGUGGGGGUGUGUAA